UGACCCGAGUAACAUAAGCAACCAGUGCACACAGCACGAAAAAAGUGGCAAACACGGAGCCUGGGAAUAUAUAUAUUUCUUUGGGGGAGGCACAGCAUGUAUUCAGCAAUUUCUUCCGAUCUAAUAGAGUACACAAGCAUCAUUCAAUAAUAUAUACAUUGACCUCCUUGGUGCUUUUUGUUCCACUGAUAUAAACUAUGAUUUUAGUUUUUAAUUUAGUGUUCUACUGUUAUUUAGGAUAAUUUAUGUGCGAGUAUGCUUCUGUUGAAAGCGGGCUGCUUAGCAUUAUGUCUUGAUCACCUACCCUUCAUGUUGUGGUUUGUUUGGAAAAGUAGUAGUGCUAAUGUAUUUUAAGGGAGUGAGAAAGUAUAUUGGCCAGCAGAAGUUAAAAUGUGUUGAUGUUUUACUAUUUACAUGCCUCUAAAUUAUUAUAUGCUUUGUACUCAUUUCAUUCCUAGUUCCUACAAGGAAAUGACAUAUGUCAAACAAAGAGGACAUGAAACUAAAGUUUGUUUCUCUGUGUGUGCUUUCUUGCAAACCCUACACCUGUUCCAAACACAGGAGUAGCUGCUCCAAUAGCAGCUCUUGCCUGUACCAAUGGCUGUUCCAGAUUACUGGAGGGCAUUCUGACCAAUGCAUUCCUGCACAAGUGUGAAUGCAGGCUGGAGCUCAGUGUGCUUGCGCUGCCUCACAACGAGUCAAACAACUUGAGGAUGAGGCCAGGGAGCUACGAAAGCGGGCAGCAGAUGCCGAAAACAUCCUUGACUCUUAUGACAUGGUCAAGAAGUUAAGAAAAAUGAUGAGGAAGAUGGAAAAAAAACCAUCUGCUGCUGUUGAAGCUGACAAGGUUAACAUCGGUGGAGGUGUUCUUGUCGAAACCACCCUGUUGGAGCGCCUCCAUUCGCACUGCCAGGGGCCUACCAAGUUUGCCAGACAUCUCCUACGCAGCAUCUUCACAGUUGAGGAGAUGCGUGGCAAAUCAUUGUUCGGAAAAGGCAGCAAUGCUAAUAAGAACGCCAUUGUGAAGGAGGCACUGGACCCAGUCAGGGUCAAUGCAGUCAUCGGCUACACAUGCAGCAAGUUUGCUACGACAACCCUGCACCUGAAGAAUAGCCUGUCUUCGAUGUUGGCUCGAGAGCUGAAUGCUUACUGGGUGCAGCUGAACGGGCGUCGAUUUGGGUGCCUGUUCAACUCGACGUCCAUCAGCAACCUCCUCGGACUCAUCCUCGUCCAUGUGGUGCUCCGAAAGGUCCUCGAUCCCCACGGGUCCUGCGACGCUUACAUACAAUCUCGAGCAUCUACUCUCGUCGUGUCCAAAGAGCCUACACGCUGCGCAACGCGGGACACGGCAUUUUCUCCGGAUGUGACCCUUACCCUGGCAGCGUAG